AUGGGGAGGCGAAUUCGCGCCCAGCGUAAAGGUUCCGGAACAGUUUUCAGGGCCCACACUACACACAGAAAGGAGGCUCCUCGUCUACGUGCUAUCGAUUAUGCCGAAAGACGAGGCUAUCUGCGAGGAGUUGUAAAGGAUAUCAUUCAUGACCCUGGUAGAGGUGCUCCGUUAUGUAUUGUACACUUUCGAGACCCAUACAAAUACAGGAUUCGUAAAGAAACGAUGAUCGCCUGUGAGGGAAUGCAUACUGGCCAGUUCAUCUAUUGUGGCAAGAAAGCUACUUUGCAUAUUGGAAAUGUCUUGCCGCUCUCGGCGAUGCCUGAGGGAACAGUCAUAUGCAACCUGGAAGAAAAAUGCGGCGAUCGUGGCAAACUUGCCCGGACAUCUGGCAAUUACGCUACUGUCAUUGCCCAUAACCCAGAGUCGAAGAAAACUCGCGUGCGUCUACCCUCUGGGGCGAAAAAGCUCUUGAACGCGACCAAUCGAGCGAUGAUAGGAAUAGUCGCUGGUGGAGGUAGAACCGAUAAGCCGAUUUUGAAAGCAGGUCGAGCGUAUCACAAGUACAAAGCUAAGAGGAAGUGCUGGCCAAGAGUUCGUGGUGUUACUAUGAACCCUGUUGAUCAUCCAUUCGGUGGUGGUAAUCACCAGCACAUCGGUAAACCUUCUACCAUUCGUCGCAGCGCAUCUCAUGGUCGCAAGGUUGGUCUUAUUGCGGCCCGUCGUACUGGUCGUAUACGUGGUACCAAGCCGGAAAAAGUUCAGAAAGAUGGCGAGUGA